AUGCGAUUCCCAACGACGACAUCAACUCUCUCCCUUCUCAUCCUACUCCAACUGCAUGCCGCGGAAGCAGCUUUCUCAAUUUCUUUCCUAAGUUCCCUUCCCAGCCUAGCCACCGACAACGGGAUACCCAACCAGAACCUCCUAACCUACCUCUCCACCACCCACGAUACUUCACCUCUUAACUCCUCCGCUCUAUGCACCACCAUCCUCUCCCGCGAUAAAACCGCCCUCCUCCUACCGAACGCACGCAUCCCCCUGUCUUCGGCAGGUUUCAUUGGUUGCUUCCUCGAGAAGCCACAAGGGCCGCAAGCAGAAGAAGACAACCAGCACCAACAACUAGUCUUUACAGGGAUUCCAGCAGGAUGGCAGUUUAGUAUCGCGGAGAUUACGAUCGGUGGGUGGUUAGACCUGGAAAGGGGGAGUUUUGUUGAGAGGGUUUCGCUUUCUCUCAUGUAUCCAGUACCAUGUACUGAGAAGAUUGCUGGCGGUGGUGGUGAUACUAGCAGUAGCAUGGGACAAGUUAUGCUCAACAGUGAGGAGGAAGAAGAAGUCGAAAAAGAAGAAGUCGAAAAAGAAGAAGUCGAAAAAGUGGAUAAGGGGUGGAGAUGGAAGUGGGAUCUCAUCAAAAGAAGGGAACCCGGAAAACCGAGUAAAGCAACACAAGCAACCAAAGGAUCCCAAGACCUUCAAAGUCAAAGUCAAGCUCUAGUCGACACAGCAACAGCAAUAGCCCCCUACGGCCGUUUCGGCACCGGAUACCGAGGGGCUUUCAACUUGUCUAUGCCCGUCAAACCCUCCUCGGGCGCCAGCAAGAAAGGGAAGAGAAAGCAACGACUGGCUGUUUCAUCGUGCUCGACGGGUGCUGAGAUGGAGGUUAGGUUGGGCGCUGAAUUGUGGUUUUCGCUUUCGAGUGAGCAGAUUGAGUUUGAUGAUACGGUUGCUCAUCGGGGGAUGCUGGGUGGUGAGCUUGGAGAGCCCGGAGAGCUCCCGGGAGAAGGGGAUGGGCGGCAUCAGGGAUGGGAGGCGUGUGAGAAGACAUUGAGGGUAGGGAUGCGGGGGGAGUGGAAGAGGUGUUGA